GUUGCUAUGGUUACCACUUCAGGCGAACGCGACUUCUGUUAAGAAACGAUUUGUUUAACAGAUGAAAAUACUCAAUUUUACUACUAACCAGAUUUAUUUUGGGGGAAAUUUACAACUUUACUGUUCGUAAAGACCCAGUAUAGCUAUGGCACAGCAUUUCUUUGGGAAUUCAGGCUCUAUGGCCUUGCAGUCAACACCCAAAACUGGUCAUCACCAAUCAUCAGCAAAGGUGUCAGAUGAUGGUUUUAACUCAACAGGUGAAACUCUGUCAUUUGUUAGUCUGGACGACAGCAAUGAGCAACAAAGUGAGGACUCUGGUAUCGGAGUAUCAAAAACCUCGACUAGAAGUUCACCGGGCAACAGUACUAUGGAAGAUGCUGCCGUGUUGACUCCCACAAGUUCAGGAAUAGAUGAGAUUGGAAAGAAAGCACAGGAUCUUAUUGAGAGAAUAAAUGAGAGGCGAGCCAUGGACCAACAUGUGAUGAACAGCUUUGAGGAAAAGCUCAUUAAAAAGGUGAGGGAGAUGUGUCAGCAGGUGAAGGAGCAGAUGUUUGAGUAUUAUGAGCAGCACAGUCAGGGCAUGGAGGCCAGCAUCACUGAGCUGUCGGAGGUGCUGGAGAGGAGCAGUCAGCUGAGUAUGGAGCUUCAGGGAGCCAGUCAAACCCUAGCCGCCAUCAAUAAAGGCCUGCAGCACAGCACAGAGCAGUAGAUACACAACCAAACAUUAACUUAAUAUAAGACGGGGUACACUUGUAUGAUUUGUGUGUUACUCAUGGUAUGCACAUGCAUCAAACAGAGGCUUGUUUAAUUUAACUUAAACUUUAACUUAAGAAGGAACUGUUUAAACAUUUCAAAAUGAAAACAUUUUAUUUUAUUUUACAGUAGUAUGUAAAGAAAGUUAAAAUGCACAUUAAUAUGCUAAUUUGAUUUGUAUUGACAUGUAUUGAAAGUAAAAUCAAUUUUUGAUGGAUUACAUGGUUUAUGUAAAGGUCUUUUACUAUGAUUCCUUAUAAAAUCUGGCAAAUGUGGUUUGGGUAACUGCAUUAUUUGUGUUUCAAUAGCUAAUGUUUGAGCUUUGUAGGAUUACGGCUUUUACCCACAGCAUUCGUUUUUGAAAACUCAUUUAAUCUGUUGCCAAUUCUCUUUAUGGAUUUCUUAGUGCUCUAAAUAGAUACAGAUAGCAAGAUACAGCAACAUUAUAAAAUUAGGAUUUGAUAAGAGACCCUAGAGACCCUCAGUACAAUCUGUGUAUUGAAAACCAAUGUGCAAACACCAUAAUAUUUAAUCUUUUAUUCAACUGCAGUUAACUAUUUUAUUCAACACUUCUUUGAAAUCUUUCUGUAAUACAUCAAUGUACACACAAUAACAUGCACUUUUCAUCUCUGCAAUCCUUAGUGAAUUUCUUUACAAAUCUA